AUGGAUUUUAAAUGGAAAAGAAUACAUAUCUAAAUAUAGAAUUGAAUGUUGCCAAAUAAGAUGUGCAAAGAUUAUUUUUAUUGACAACAUAUCAAGCACAAAAGCGUAUGCCACAGUUCAUCCAUUAUUACCAUUUACAAUAUGAAAACUUUUUUCUCAUUUGCAUCAGACAUGGCAGUACUAUUGAAUUCUGUAGUUGCUGUAAAAACUGACACAACAGUACCGUCACAACCAAGAGAAUUAAAAGCGAUCAUCAUGUCACCCAGUCAUGUAAAAUUGAUUUCGAAAAAUUCACUUCAUAUUAAUGGUAUUUUAAAACAAUAUCUGGUUACCCUGAAGGGAUUAAAGACAUACAACUCAUCCUUUUUACAUCAAAAAACUAUUGCCAUCAACUGUACACACUUUGAUAUACAAAAUGUUUAUCCAGGAACAACCUACUUUUUUAAUGUCAAAACAGAAAACAAUGCUUUCGUAGGACCUGCUUCCAAUAUAACAACUACAGUUACUCCAUAUGACAAGCCCAAUGCGCCACCCAUAACUGUAGAAAAGCUCGGAAUGCAAGAAACUGUUUUGACAUUGAAUUCAGCGUCAGAUGAAACUGGACCAAUACGUUUCUACCAACUAACCAUUAAAAAAUACUGGAAAUUAGACUGUUCAUAUGGAUUAAACAAUACCACAUUAAUGAUUGAAACAGCAUCCACCCAUGUGCCUCUAAAUGUCGACAUAUACAAAGGUGUUGAAGAUGUUACUAUUGCUGGUACGAUUAGAAAGUUCUCCCUCACAGAAACAUAUCUGUUUUGCUGGAGGGCAGUUUUAAAUGAAACAGUAAGCUUUUGGUUAUAUGGGUCGAAACCUACCUGCCCUUGGUUAAAGUUCUGUUCAUCUUUUCAAAUGUGUUGUGUCCUUUUUAUUUUUUUUAUAUUUUUUUUAAUUAAUUCCUUGUAAAAAGGGAGAAUUGUGCUUUUAGAGGCAUGUUCUCUAGAGGAGUACAACCUCUAGCUUAUUUCCAAAGACCUAACAGGUUGAGUUCAUCAUUGCGGUGGCUUGCCACCUCUUUGUAAAUUAUUUUCUUAUAUUUAUAAACUAGUCGAUAGAGCCCAUGGAAAAAUUCACUUAGACAGGAGAACAAUGACAAAGAGAACCGUCACUGGAAUUUUAAUGAUGUCAGCAAAAACCCAUCAAAGGAUUUUUCUUAGAAAUUCUUUCACUUGUUGCCUCUAUUGUGUAGAGCUUGAAUAGCUAAUCAAAAUAAUGUAUAGGAUGAUAUGUGUUUGACAGACGCCUUCAUCGUAUAGAUCUUGAAACGCUGAUCAAGUAAAUGUAUAGGAUCAUGUAUCUUUGACAGAGAUAUUAGGGUUUAAAGGUUUUUUGAUUACUUCAUUAACCCGUCCAUUCUGAAACGGAUUUGGGUACCUAGGUUUGGAAAAUCUACCCAAAUUGGUCCCAGGGGGUCCCUAGUAACCCAUGCAGUGAAAAAUCACUGACAUCACUUCCUCGUUUCUAAGUUAUGUGGCCUCAAAGUUUUAAGUACACUGUGAUGGCUUCAUAAAUUUAAUAUAAGAUAUGGAUGUUCAAGUAAUGUUAUUGACGUCGUGCCGUAACGUCAGAAAAUUUAACAUUUGAGACAUCAGUUCUUCGGCUACAUCAAAGAAAAAUGAACACAUCCACCUUGCCUGUUACAGACAGACACACUCUCUGUAUAAUUAUAAGAGAUUCAGGUGAAACAUAUGUUGCAAGUUGGUUAACUGCGGUAUGAAUGGUAAAAAAACUAAAAAAAAAUAUAAAUUUCUUAGCCACUACAAGUAUAAACUAAUUGUCCUCUAUACUAAAUAAAUACUGGCUACUCAAAGCCUUUUUUUCUUUGAAUUUUGGCAAGUAUACCAUUUCCAACUUGUCAAUCUAAAAACACAUUUUGCUAUGCAAGUUUUUUUUCAAUGGCGUGGCCAAGAAAAUUUUUGUAUCGUUUUCCAGAAAGUUUCCCUGUUAUUUGUGCCUUAUAAAGCUCAAAAAGUUAUAAGAGACCAAUUAAAAAAGAUGAAUUUUUGCACAGUGAUGCUUAUUGAUAAAAAACACAUUUAUGCAAACACAAGUGAAAAGCCUGUCUUGAACAGAACAGAAGCUGUACGAAUUUGAAACUUUUAUGACGAACUAGGCAUUAAC